UUUGGAAACAGCGCUUCUUCCCAGUUCUUCAUGGGCUAGUUCUUUCAACAAUGCCACUUCAUCAUUUCCAUGUAGCUUAAUUUGAGCACAUCAGAAUAAAUCUCUUCAAAUCUUAAAAAAAUAUUUUAAAAAGUUAGUCAACCCACCACCUUUCCUGUGGCCCUUAUAUCUCAAGAGGUGGAGCUACCAAACCACUAAGAGGAAGAGGAAGUUAAACCCUUUAAAUACCAGGGACGACUUGGGAUGCUCAGCUGGACAUCUGGCUUCCCAGGCAACAUGAAAGCUUUCCUUAUUCUCGGGCUUCCUCUCUUUGCCAUCACUGUCCAAGGCAAGGUCUUUGAAAGAUGCGAGUUGGCCAGAACUCUGAAAAGAUUUGGAAUGGAUGGCUACUGGGGAAUCAGCCUGGCAAAUUGGAUGUGCUUGGCUAAAUGGGAGAGUGGUUAUAACACGCGAGCUACAAACUACAAUCCAGAACGCGAAAGCACCGAUUAUGGGAUAUUUCAGAUCAAUAGCCGCUGGUGGUGUACUGAUGGAAAAACCCCAAAAGCACGCCAUGGCUGUGGUAUAUCCUGCAACGCUGUACUUCAAGAUGACAUCACUGAAGCUGUUAAAUGUGCAAAGAGGGUUGUCAGAGACCCACAAGGCAUUAGAGCAUGGGUGGCAUGGACAGACCAUUGUGAAAACAGAGAUGUCAGUCAGUACAUAAGGGGUUGUAGAGUUUAACUGCAAUUUCCCUUCUUCAGCUCAUUUUGUUUCUUUGCAUAUUAAGGGAGUAGUAGUUGAGGGGAAGGUGACAAUACCAUUUUUUUCAAACAAAUUGCAUUUAAACAUAAUUAGAAACAAAAUAUGGUCUUUCCCCUAGAGACGCAAUAUCUACUAAUGUGUUUAUUAUUUUAUAUGAAGCCUACAAGAAUUUUCAGUUUACUAACAGAAUGACUGUUUGUGAAAUUUUUGACUAUCCAAUACAUUUCCAGUACAUUUCCAGGCACUCUAGCCCUAAGGACUUUAAGACCAACGUUCCACAGUGGCCUCACAGGAAACCAAAGAUACAGAACAGCUUUUCUUGAAGAGAUUGGUAGUUGUGACCUUUAUGCUAAUGGAAAGGAGUUUUUAAAUGUUGCUUUUAUAGCUUUAGAAAUAAAAUCACAAUUUAUAUAUCAAUGUGUUUUCUUCCUUCAAAGAACUCUUCUAUGCAUCUGGCUUGUUAUGAAUUAAUAGAAAUGUUUAGUUGAGCUGUUGCUGGUUUAGUGUUAUUGACCUAGAGUCAUGCAUUGUCACUGAAUACAGAGGCAGAAGUUUUCCAGGAAUUGAAAUAAUUGUAAUUAAUCACAGGUGUGAAAUUACGCAUGUUUUGAACAAGAAAAACAUUUUUUCAUUAAAGGCUUUGCAACUCACCUUAUCUGUCUUUGUUCAAACCCAUCUGAUCUCUGAAGAAAAAAAAAUAUCGGGGAAAUAAAAAGAUUUGGUACUUUUACUAUUUCCUGUAUCCCUAGUGGAACCUAAAGAGCUAGAGAAACAAUCCACAUACUGUUACAGGGCCCCUGUGUUUGGCUUGCUGUUUGUGCUAUUGGAUUAACCUGGUGCUAGUUCCUUCUACCUUUCUGUUGCUGACAACCUGAUGGACUGAGAUGCACUUCCCUUCAGAGUGAGGCAGAAAGGGUGUAAACUUGAGAUGAUGUAAAGCGUCUGUGUGUGCUUAAAGGUUCUGAUGCCUUGCUUACAAAACCUGACGGCCAAUAUGCUGCUGCCCUGUCCUGGUAAUCAGCCACAUAAAACCAGAACCCCCAGUCCUCUCUACUCGGGAGUAUGACUCGGGACACUUGUCCUUCUUCCCCUACUUUUUUUUUUA